AGGGAUAAUGCCCGCUUAAGUUUUCAAGUCUUCUUCAACAAUUUUCAUUUCGAAAUAUCUGAGAGAGAGAGUGAGCGAGAGAGAGGAAGAGAGAGGAGAGAGAGGAGUAGCAGAGCUUCAAAAUCCUUUGGAUUGCAUCAUCGGUAACAAGAGAUCACGAUGUCGAAGAAACGAGGGCUUUCGCUGGAGGAGAAGCGGGAGAAGAUGCUUCAGAUAUUCUAUGAGUCUCAAGACUUCUUCCUACUAAAGGAGCUCGAGAAGAUGGGGCCAAAGAGAGGUGUAAUUAGUCAGUCGGUGAAAGAUGUUAUCCAGAGUUUGGUGGAUGAUGAUCUUGUUGCCAAGGACAAGAUUGGAAUUUCUAUCUACUUUUGGAGCCUUCCCAGCUGUGCUGGCAACCAACUUAGGAGUAUUCGCCAAAAGCUUGAUUCUGAUCUUCAAGGUAGUAAUAAAAGGCUAGCAGAACUUGUUGAUCAGUGUGAAGCCUUAAAGAAGGGAAGGGAAGAAUCCGGAGAACGAACAGAGGCCUUGACGCAACUUAAAGAUAUUGAAAAUAAACACAAAGAGUUGAAGAACGAGAUGGUACAGUUUGCUGACAACGAUCCAGCUACCUUGGAGGCAAAGAGGAAUGCAAUUGAAGUUGCUCACCAAUCGGCUAACAGAUGGACAGAUAACAUCUUCACAUUGCGACAAUGGUGUUCAAACAACUUUCCCCAGGCCAAGGAACAGCUGGAACAUCUAUACACGGAGGCGGGAAUCACUGACGACUUUGAUUACAUAGAGCUAUCUUCAUUCCCUUUGAGCUCAUCCGUUGAAGCUGAUACUGCAAGGCAGCUGAUAGAAGAUGAAACUUAGUUUUAAUACUUCAGAGCAUGACAGUUAAAGACACUCUAGCUAAAUCAAAAUCUUCUUAAUCACUAUCCUUCUUAAGAAGUUUCUGGUUCUUUACAGUUGUCCUAAAGGUUGCAACGGUCUUUCAUUGUUUGUGACCAGAUCAUCUUAAAUCAAAACUCUUUCACGUCAGUUUUGUGGUCAGAUAAAAGACUUUUAGUGCUUCUGAUUUUCUAUGUAUUAGUCGGCUAUGUCCUUAUAAUAUUUUAUUGGAGUCAUAUAUAUCAUGCGUUAGUUGUUGUU